CCAGACGCGAAUUGAGCAACAGACAAACAAUCACACAGAAUCAAAAUCGUACAUAUUUACAAUUGAAUUCAUUUCAAUGAAUCUCCCAUACGAAACUCAGACAGGCAGGAGAAAAAUUUCAAAGCGAUCGACUGGAGGAUGGUUGAGGAUAAUAUUCGUGUGCAUUAGAUAAGUGAGUCAAAAUGUGAACUCACUCACGACGUUCCGCUGUUUCGUAUCGUAUCGUUUCGUUUUCGUUUUCGUUACGAACGUAUAUUUACAAACAACGUCAUUCGUGUUGACAUUGAAACUGCUGUCAAAAUAGAAAAUCGCUCAAACCACCACAACACUUCACUGCUUUUGUUCUCAAACAACAAAAUGAUUGUGUUUCAUCGUUCAAAUGCAAUCGCAAAUAGACAUUAAAUUUUUCACUCUCGUUUUUACUGAUAGUUUAAGCUAAACUAAAAAUAAGUCCAAAAACAAGUUAUUAACCAGCUGGUAGUAACAACUGUGGAGAAAUGGAGGGAGAACGAGUUAGCGUAAAUUUUACAUGUCAAAGAUGUUUGCAACCUGUGAUUCUGGACGAUUCCUUCACGAAUAUGGAUGAUUAUGCGAGAGCUGAGCUAGCCCUGCCAAUCUACGCAAACGCUGAUGUCGAAAUCGAUUCACAGGACACGAGCAUGGAUCAUUUGGUGCCUCCAUUUCGAUUGACAGACUCGGGAACGGGAACGAAUGGCUUCAUGCUCAUAUCCGAUGGCAAAGAGAAUCAAAGUCUUGGAACGACACUCAAGGCUCGUGCAAAUCUGUUCGAUUUUCUGUCGUCCAACUCGGAGAUAGAUCAUCCGCUGUGCGAUGAGUGCACAGACACUCUGCUCGAGCUGAUGGAACAUCAAUUGAAGCUGGCCGAAAACGAGUGGAACGACUACAACAAUUACCUACAGAAGCUCGAGCAAACCGAUGACACACCCAACAUUGAGCAGCUCGAGAAGGAGCUCAGCGAUUUGGAAAUGGAAGAGAAGCGUUUGAUUGACGAGCUGGCGAAGCUGAAGCGCGAAGAGGAUUCGGUGAAGGAAACAAUCAAGACACAGGAAGACGAAAAGGAGCGUCUCAACGUCGAUGAGGAAAAGUAUCGCAAAGAGUACUCGAAGUAUCGACGCGAUUUGAUGCUCUCGGAAGACGAGUUUCACAGUCUGGAAUGCCAGAUAUCGUAUGCGAAUGACGAAUUGGAGAAGCUGAAGCGAACCAACGUGUUCAAUAUGACGUUUCACAUUUGGCACUCGGGCCACUUUGGCACAAUCAACACAUUCCGAUUGGGUCGCCUGCCAUCGGCGCCGGUCGAUUGGUCUGAGAUAAAUGCAGCUUGGGGACAAACGGCUCUAUUGCUGUCGGCGCUGGCGCGCAAAGUGAAUCUGAACUUCGAACGAUAUCGAUUGGUACCGUACGGUAAUCAUUCGUACAUCGAGGUGCUGGAAAACGGAAAAGAGCUGCCACUCUACGGAACGGGUGGCUUUCGAUUUUUCUGGGACACGAAAUUCGAUGCGGCUAUGGUGGCGUUCCUAGACUGUUUAGCACAAUUCAAAGAGGAAGUGGAAAAGGGCGACAAAGACUUUUGCCUUCCGUAUCGCAUCGACAAAGGAAAAAUUGAAGACUCAGCAACCGGUAGUUCCUAUUCGAUCAAAAUUCAAUUCAAUUCAGAAGAGCAGUGGACAAAGGCGCUAAAGUUUCUCUUGACGAAUUUGAAGUGGGGCCUCGCAUGGGUUUCAUCGCAGUUCACCGACGAACCAAUGACUCUGCCCGAUCUAAACGAAAGUGCUGUGUCAGCAUCUAAUAUUUAAUAGAUUUAAUUUACAUUUUGUAUAUUCUUACUGUUCAAAACAUAAAUAUACUAGUAUUGAAGAAAA